AUGGAGGUUGACCUGAUCAUCGUGAACGCGACGGUUGUAACCGCAUCUGACGUUCACCCUCGUCAAGAUAUACUUGUCCGAGAUGGAAAGAUACUCGCGGUUGGCCAGAACUUGGCUUCUCUCUUUUCGGCCGAGAAGGUCAUUGAUGCUCAAGAUGGAUUCGUCAUGCCCGGCGGCGUAGACUCACACGUUCAUCUCGACCAGGACAACUCCCCGACGGGAGAUAACUUUGAGACCGGCACAAGGUCCGCCAUCGCCGGCGGAACAACUACCAUCCUUGCUUUCGCGACUCAGGAACGCUACCAUCAGUCUCUCCACCCCGUUGUCGAGGACUACCACUCGCGCUCAAGGGGCAAAUCCUACUGCGAUUACGGCUUUCACCUCAUUCUCACUAACCCCACGCCGACCAUCCUGCGCGAAGAGCUUCCGUUCUUCGUGAGCGAGGGAAUCACUUCCGUAAAGCUGUACAUGACAUACGAACCGUUGCAGCUGAAAGAUGGGGAAAUCCUAGAUGUCAUGAUGGCGACACGGAACUUGGGAAUGACCACCAUGGUCCAUGCCGAGAACAGUGACAUGAUCUCCUGGAUUACGGCACGCCUUGCAGAGCAGCAGCUCACUGCCCCGUACUAUCAUGCCAUCAGUCGUCCCAACAUCGCCGAGGACGAGGCAACGUACCGCAUCAUCGCCCUGGCCGAGCUUUCAGACAUCCCCAUACUCAUCGUCCAUAUGUCAUCCAAGACGGCCGCAUCCCAUGUUCGAAACGCCCAAACGAGGCUUCUUCCGAUUCACGCAGAAACCUGUCCACACUAUCUCUAUCUCACAGCCGACGCGUUGCGCCCUUCUCAUCCGACAGACAGCUUCUCCGGCGCAAAACACAUCUGCAGCCCGCCGCUCAGAGAGGACCGCAUGGACCUGGAAGCCAUGUGGACAGGUAUCGUCAACGGGACGUUCACGACGUUCAGUUCGGACCAUGCGCCCAGCAAAUACGACCAUCCCUGUGGGAAGAAGGCGGGAAUCGACGAGGCCGGAUCGAUGCGAUACGACAAGGUUCCAAACGGUUUGCCAGGAGUGGAGACCCGGAUGCCGGUUCUUUUCGAAGGCGGUGUGCUGUCUGGCAGAGUGACGCCUCAGAAAUUCGUUGAAGUAACGGCGACCAAUCCGGCCAAGCUCUACGGCCUCGGAGACACCAAAGGAGCCAUCGCCGCCGGCUAUGAUGCCGACUUGGUAAUAUGGUAUCCGACGGCUCAGCAAGCUGCUGCUCACGAGGGGACCACGGCCAAGAUCGACCCCUUCGUAUUAGAGAAUUCCAUGUUGCACCAUGACAUUGAUUACUCGCCCUUUGAAGGAAUGAAGUUCAACAACUGGCCGAGGUAUACCAUCUUGAGGGGCAAAGUGGUUUGGGAUAGAGACAACGGGGGUAUUGUUGGCGAAAUGGGAUUCGGGCAGUUCUUGCGACGUGGGAAGAGCACAUUGAGCAAGCCGAGAAACCGUUGGGUCAAUGAGUUUCAACCACUGCCAGAGGUCAAGAAGCCAACCUUGGCAUACCCUUAG